AUGGUGAGGAAACGCGGCGCGAACCAGCACACCGGACAGCCGCUCGCGGAGUGGUGCGAGGCGAACGGCGAGCGCGGCGGGAGGCUCCUCGGCGAGUUCUGCGACCCGGACACGCCCGCCGCGUCGGUCGCGAGAGCGUCCAAGUACAGGGCGCUGUGGACGUGCGCCGAGUGCGCGCACGUAUGGCGCGCGAAGAUGAGCGACCGCACGAAGCGCGACAAGCCGACGGGGUGUCCGAAGUGCGCGGGCAAUCUGCCUCUCUCGGCGACGUACAACUUCCUCGCGUGGUGCGAGGCGAACGGCGCGCGCGGCGCGAAGCUUCUCGGGGAAUACGUCGACCCCUUUUGGCCGUCGACGGCGUUCACGAAAGGGUCGAAGCGCAAGGCGCGUUGGAAGUGCGAGACGUGCGCGCACGCGUGGAACGCGAUGGUGUUCAGUCGCACGAGGGAAAAGAACCCGACCGGGUGCCCGGCGUGCAACCCCGCGCUGGGAAAGCGGAAUCGCGACGACGCGUAG